UUGUUGUUUUGUUUUCACAGCAAAAAUGUGUUCAAACUUUUGGACAAUUGAUUGCAAUUAAGAUAUGAUUUAAUAAUGAGAUUAAUAAUUAUGUUUAAUGUAUGCAAACAAAGUCACACCACUUAUACACAAUUCAAGUCCAUUUACUCCCGUUUCGGGAGCUGUUGUCUCACCACAAGUGGCCGUCUCUUGAGUCCAAAGUCACCGCAAAGUCAUCCCAAUCGGCGUCUGUUGACCACUAAAGCCAAACGCGAAGAUAAUGACCACCACUUGUCCGACAAACAGAUCGAUCAGUUGAAUGGCAGCAAUAAUCUGCUCCUUCAUUGUCCCAAAUGGGAUCACAUGUACGAUGUCUUCUAUGGCAGUCGUCAGAGUCAACAAAUUGAUCCCAAGACUCACAUUAAGACCACUUUCGAUAUCAAUUCAAAUGAUGGCAAUAAAGAGACCAAUUUGUUGGACACGAGUCACGAGUGGAAACCCGUCGAUAGACUCAACGCAAAGACAUUAAUCAAAUAUUACACACAAUUAGCGAAACUAAGACUCACCGGUCUGGUAGUGUUGACCACUUUGUCGGGUUAUUAUAUGGGUCUUCAGGGAGCCAUUGAUCCGAUGGUAUUGACGGCAACGCUUCUCGGGACGGGCCUGACGUCCGGUUCGGCCACAGCUAUCAACCAUUACUUGGAAAUACCAUUUGACGCGCAGAUGAAGAGGACUCAGAGUCGGCCACUAGUAUUGGGCAAAAUCAGUGGAUUACACGCCAUUGGCUUCGCGACGGUGUCCGGUGUGACGGGUCUGACACUGCUUUCAUACGUGAACCCAUUGACGGCAGUGUUGGGCGCAUCCAAUCUGAUCCUCUAUUCAUUCAUAUACACGCCUAUGAAAAGGGCUCACAUCGCCAACACAUGGGUGGGCGCUGUUGUCGGCGCCAUUCCUCCCAUUAUGGGCUUCACUGCCGCCAAUAAUUAUAUCGGUGCGUCGGCACUGAUGAUGGGUCUGGUGUUGUAUUCGUGGCAAUUCCCGCACUUCAACGCCUUGUCGUGGAAUAUGAGACACGAGUACGCGAGGGCCGGCUUCCGCAUGAUGUCGGUCACCGAACCCGACCUCUGCCUUAACACAGCGCUCAGACACUCGUGUCUAAUACUGUUGUACAGCACAAUGAUGUGCACAACGCUCACCACCUGGACGUAUGGCAUCGAUUCGCUGCCACUCAACCUCUACCUCAUAUACCUGUCCUAUCGGUUCCGCAAGAAUCCCGACUCGAAGUCUUCGCGCAAACUGUUCUUCUAUUCGUUAAUACAUUUGCCGGCAAUUAUUGUGUUGAUGUGUAUCAGCAAAAGGAGAGACAAUAACAGCGAUGCCAAUCAAUUGGUGGCUAUUAAUAGUUAACAUGUUUUUUGUUUGUUUUUAAAGUAAAUUAUUGUUUUCACUUAAUUAAACAU